UUACGCACUGGUUUAAUGUUCGCUCUGCGCAGAUCCGGAAACUUGUUGCUCAACUAGGAAGUCAGUGGCGCGAAAUCGCUGAAAACGCUUGAUAUUUGCAGGUGAAGAUGAGUAAACGUAGAUCAGCUGCUUUCACUGAAGCACAGUGCGUCUCUAUGGCACAAAAAGUUAUGCGUGAGAGACUGUGUCACCAGAAUCUUCCAGAUCAGCCCGUUGGUCUGGAGUCUCAGCACAAGCAUUUGUUGGAGUUAUUAAGGCGUACUGCUGUACAUGGAGAAAGUAACUCUGUCCUCAUUGUUGGGCCACGAGGAGCCGGUAAAUCUAUGCUCCUGGGUUGUGUCUUAAAAGAGCUCAUGCAACUGAAGGAAGUGCAGAAGAAUGUUCUUCUAGUGGAGUUGAACGGUCUUCUGCAGACAGAUGACAAAAUCGCUCUGAGAGAAAUCACUCGCCAGCUGCACUUGGAGAACGUCGUAGGAGACAAAGUGUUUGGGAGCUUUGCAGAAAAUAUGGCUUUUCUUUUGGAAGCUCUGAAGAGAGGUGAUAAGUGCAGCAGUCGUCCUGUGCUGUUCGUUUUGGAUGAGUUUGAUCUGUUUGCACAUCAUAAGAACCAAACAUUACUCUAUAACCUGUUAGAUGUGUCGCAGUCUGCGCAGGCACCAGUGGCUGUGGUGGGACUCACCUGCAGACUGGACGCGUUGGAGCUCUUGGAGAAACGAGUGAAGUCUCGAUUCUCUCACAGGCAGAUUCAUCUCUUCAGCUCACUCUCGUUCGGUCAGUAUGUGGAUGUGGUUCGGUCUCACCUCAGUUUACCUCAAGACUUCCCAUAUCCCAAAUUCUCCAAAGAGUGGAACCACAACAUCACGAAAUUAUGUGAAGAGAAAUCAGUGCAGGAGAUUUUACAGAGACACUUCAACUCCAGUAAAGACUUGCGUUCACUUCACAUGCUGCUGUUUGUAGCUGUAAGUCGAGUGUCAGGCUCUAAUUGGACUCUUCGUGAUGUUGAUCUACUGGAGGCCAGUCGACUGAUUUUAGCAGAUUCUAAAGCGAACAUCCUUCAUGGUCUGUCUAUUCUGGAGCUGUGUUUGAUCAUCGCCAUGAAACAUCUGAAUGACACUUAUGGUGGAGAACCCUUCAACUUUCAGAUGGUCCAUAAUGAGUUUAAGAAGUUCAUUCAGAGGAAGUCUCACUCCAUUCAUAAGUUUGAGAAGCCCGUGGUGAUGAAGGCGUUUGAGCAUCUAGUCCAGUUGGAGCUGGUGCAGCCGGUGGAUACAGGUGCUUGUAAAGUUCAGUGUGAGUAUCAGCUCAUGAGACUGAUGCUGGAACAUGGGCAGGUAAUGGAGGCUCUGCAGAGAUACCCACAAUGCCCCACCGACGUAAAACAGUGGGCACUCUCUGCCUUCGCAUAAACGCUUCAUCAAAGUACAGUUCAAUAAUCACGUACAGUCAUUAUUAUUAUGUGGCAAUUCUCCCUCAAUUUAAAAUUGCUGUGUAUGAAGUUGUGUAUAGUUUUGUUUUUGCAAUAAAGUUAAUACAAGUG